AUGGCUACCGGCUCUACCUCUAACAGAUUUCCAAAUCUGUACUGGUCAAUAGAUUAUAUCACAGGGUUAAAUAAUCUAAAAUCUCAAUCAUUCAAAUCACUUAAACAAUUGCAUGAAUUGAGAAAAUUAGUGUUUAAUUAUAUGACUUAUUAUCAUGCCAAUAGUGAAUUUUUAAAUAAAUCAAGUAUUGAUCUAUUUCCAGUGGAAAGUACUUUUUUACCAUUUGAAUACAAUCCUAGAUCAGUUUCAAACACUCCCACCACAUCACCCUAUAGGAAAAGAAUAGUAUCUAACGAAACAACCGUGCUUAAACACGAAACCACUAUGACUACUGCUUAUAGUGAAUACAUCGAUUAUAUGUCACAAGAAUCUACAAUUUUAUUGAACUUAACUUCAAUUAUUGAUCGUGAUGUGUUUCAAGAUAUCACCAUGUAUUUGAAAUACCAUGAACCUAAAAUUAAUCAACAGUUUAGUCGAUUAGAUGAGAUUUAUAAUAAUUAUUUGAAAAGUUAUAAGGUUAUUGAAAAAUUGAAGUCAAGACAUACUGAGCAAUUGAGAUUGAAAGAGUUUUCUCAAUCUCAAGUUGAACAAACAAAAGCUAGUCAAGAUGAAUCAGUUGGAGAAGAAGAAGAAGAAGAAGAAGAACAACAACAGCAGCAUUCAUCAUCAUUUGAAGAAUCAUAUGCCGAUGAAGAUUUGGAAGAAGAGGAAAUUGACAAUACUUUUGAUUUGAAUUUCCCAUUGCAUAUAGGUACGGUUGUUGUAUCUUCAGCAGAAGAGUUGCAACUAAUUAUGAACCAAUUAAUUACCAAAGUCCCUAUUACUAUGAGAAAAAUUCCCUUGCCUGGAUACAAAAAUGAAAUUUUCAGUAGUGAAUCAAUAUCGAAGGUUUUACUUAGCAUACCAAUAAAAGGGUUUAAACCUUCAAGAUUGAACAUUGAAAAAUUUGGGCAAGGAUUACUUGAUUUAAAAUUAAUGACAAGUAGUAAUUUUUUCAACAAAAAGUUUAAAAGUGAAGGUAUGUGGUUUGAAUGGUCUGACUUGGCUGUAUACUUCGCUGAGUUCAAAUCUUCCCUGGCUGCAUCAUCAGUACAAGAAACUAGUAGUAUUGGGUCAAACACAACGUCAACAACUAAUAAAUCUAGUGCAAUUUCUUCACCGAAAAAUGGUCGAGCUAAGUUUAUUACUGACAUGGCAGAAACGACAACUAGAUUCAAUGCCAUGUUUAAUAAUGUUAGAAGCUCGAUAUUGAAAACAAAUCAUGCCGAAAUACUCGCGGAAAUAGAAGACAACUAUAAUGAGGAGAUCUUGAAUUUACAAGAAUACAAGUAUUUAUUGGAGAAUGGAUUAUUUGAUUUAUCACAAUAUUUAGAAAAAUUUGAAAAAAUGAAAAUAGAAAUAAUUUACAAGAGUUUAUCGAGAUUACUGGAAAUUUUAUUACGAUUCCAAAAGGAACAAACUACCAAAUUAGAAGCAUUUUCAAAUAAUUUCAUUCACAAUAUUAAUAAAUCAGAGAAUUAUCUACAUGACUUCAAUAAAGCUAUGGAGCAUUUUAGUACUGGAAUAUAUUUCCCAAGUGUGAUCACAUCCGAUACCAAUGUGAGACCGACCAGUAUUAGAACUAACUAUCAAAAUUUGAAAUAUCAAUUUGAUUUAUAUAAAGACAUUCCAUUGCAGUUACAAAAUAACUUCAAUUCAGAUAAUGAGUCCUUAUUAAGUAUUGCGUCGAUUCCCUAUAUAUUAUACCAGACAAUAAAAAUCAUUGAAGAGAGAAGUAAUGAUAAUGUUGAAGAUGUUAGAAAGUUAUGGAUGGCACCAAUUGAGUAUCAAAGUCAAUGGAGAAUAAAGCAAGACAUUAUCCAACUUAUUGCUGAUUAUACACCAGAUUUGAAAAAUGAUAUAUCUAACAAAUAUUUGAUUGAACAAGAAUUUUGCAAUCAAGUGUUGAAACAUUUAAAAGCCCAAAAUACCAAUGAUGUGAUAAUUUUCGUGAAGAAUUGGCUUCUUGAAAUAAGUGAUUCUAUCAUUCCAUUUGUCAUUUUCGAUAGUUUGAUGAAUUUAUAUAAUCAGGAAAAUAUUGCAUCAACUGAUUUAAUAAAGCUUCUUUCUACUAUUCCUAGAAGUAAUUUAGCAUCGUUGAUAUAUUUUAUUGAAUAUUUCGGUAAUUUAUUUGCCUUGGGUAGUAUUCCAAACUAUGAGAUUUCUGAUGAAUUACCAGAAGAAUCAUUGUUGGAAUCAAUAGAAGAAAGCAAAAUUGUCCAAGUUUCUGAUGAAUUGAAUUCAAUGGAUACUAUUGGAUCUAUACCCAUUAUGCAUUUAAUUUUAAGACCCUCAACAUCAAAGAAUUCUACUGGGUUUAAACCACCAUUGGAUAAGUAUAAACGUAUAAUGGUUGAUAUUUUGAAACUUGAUGUAAGAACUGAAUUAUUGAAACAUUUGAUUGAACAUGAAAUUAAAUAUAAAUCUAAAAAAGAAGCUGAAAAAUUACAGGUUAAAAAGAUUCCAGUGCUGGCACCUGUUUCAGUUUCCGUAUCAGUAUCAGAAUCAGAAUCUCCUCAAACACCACCCCCUACUAAGGUGAAUUCUGUUGAUAAAAACAUGCCAGCGAUUGCACAACCACAACCAACCCAACCAACAACGCAAAAACGUCCAGAAAGUGCAGAGUUCACUUUAAGGCCAUUUAGGACAAGACCAACACCAGUUCCAAGUCCACAAUCGUCACCUAAACGAGCAUCAUUCCCAACUUUUACUGGUGCAUUGAGUUCGUCAAUCUCAGGUGGUGGUGCAACAGGUAAACUGCUAACUCCACCACAAUCACAAUAUACAACAACUAACCAGUUAUUACCAUCUACUUCACAUCAUACCAACCGUGGACGUAGUUUGAGUAAUUCAUUUAUUACUCCUAAAAUUGAAAUUGAAUUUGAAAAUUAA